AUGGCGGACGGGGAGCAGCAGCAGCCGUCGGGCUCCCUCGCCAUGGCAGCUGCUGCUACCGUCGGCACCACGGGCAAUGGCAAUGGCAACUGCGGAUACGGUAAGCCUGACAUCAGCUGCCGCCGGAUGGAUGCAUGGAUGUCCUCUCUUCCGCGUGUUGUCUGUCGUUGCUGCAGUGUCUGCUGGUGAGGGUCGUGUGUACGGGCAGCGGGAGUGGAAGUUCAUCACCCCGUGGCUCAAGGGUGCUGGACACACACGGCACACCCACCAUCCACAGCGAGCCGUGUUUGUUUGCAAUGGUCCUUGGCUGUGUAUGGUCUGUGUCUGCAGUGGGUGACAAGGUGAGUGUGCUAAACGCCAAUCCGCUGUACGUGGAGGCCGAGUGCGUCGAGGGCGACCGGAAGGGCGUCACCGGCAAGUUCAUGCCCAAGUGUGUCAACUUCGACAACACAUUCGUCGGUACGUCACAGACAGGCAAAGCUCAGAGAGGGGGAGGGAGGGAGGGAGGGAACUAUGGAAGUGUGGUGUGGUGUGGUGUGUUGUUGGGCCUGUCAGGUGAGAUCGUGAUGCCUAGUGGUGGUGGUGACGCUAGUGCCGCUGCUCGUGCCGGUACGAACAUCAAGACACACACACCUAUCAGGCCUCCUCCAUCUCCUCCCGGUUGCAGCGGCAGCUGCUGCAGCCCCUCCCCCUCCCCCCGUUCCCCUCCCCCAGGCGGGCGAGCAGGCCGCCGCGGCUGCUGCGGCGGUGCAGGUCGAUGUCAAGGACGAGCCACCCCAAGACGAGCAAGGAAAUGGCCAACAGCACGAUGGCGCUGCCACUGCCGCCCACCACCAAGACCAGCAACAGCAGCAGCCAGACGGUGAGCUGGCCGAGGCCGAGCAGCAUGACGGCCAAGAAGCGCCCCAGGAGCCUCCACUACCACCGCCACCGCCAGAAGCUGACAAUGAGCAUGGGAUGGAGGAUGAGCAGAGGGGCGAUGACCAAGCUGGGGACGAGGAGGCGGAGGAUGAGCACAUGGACGCCAUCGAGAACCAGCAGUUGGCCGACCGUGUCGCUGCGAGAGGAGGAGGUGGAGGGGGAAGGGGAGGGAGGGGCAAGCGAGGGCCAGGUCGGCCCCGCCUUCACCUUCCGGGCGGCAUGCAGAGGGGCGCUGGGGUGGGCGGCAGCGGGAGAGGGGGCGGCCGCGGCAAAAAGCGCCAGAUAGACGAGGGAGGAGGAGGGAUAGCGAGAGAUGGAGCAGAGGUCAGAAACACCCACACCACACACCACACACCACAACAACCAUCGGUUCAUGCGCCACAGCUCUAUCCCUCUCUGCGUGUUUGUUUGGCUGGUGUGUCAGGUCAAGCGAGGUCGUCCCCGCGGCCGUCCGCGUGGCUCGCGCGCCGCCAGGGGGGACGUGGGGCGGGGCAGAGGUGGGGCGGCGUCAAGUGCCAGUGGAGGGAUGCAGCACGAUAGCGACAAUGAGAAGGCUGACAACGAUACCAAGCAAGAGGGCGAGGGGGGCGAAUAUGAGGUGGGUGGGUGGGUGAGGCGGGAGAAGCAAGCGGUGCAUCAACCAACCAAGCGACGAAUCGCUGAGUGUGUCAUUUGUGUGGACAGGUGCGGGAGAUCAUUAGCCACGACCUGAAGUCUGACAAGACCUACUUCGAGGUCCUAUGGGCAGGUGGGAUUCAACGCGCCCACGCAGACCGAUUCAGAUACCGUUUGUGUGUUGUGUCGUGUAAUGUGUUGUGCGGUGUGAUGUGUGGUUUGGUGUGCAGAUUCGUCCAGUACGUGGGAGCCCGAGGAUGCGUUGGACAACUGCAGCGAGCUGCUCGAGGCGUACAUGGACAAGGUGGGCGCCAAAAGGACGCAGAGCGGCAGAAUCGUCUGGCCCACCAAGUCCACAAACAAGGCGUAGACACGACACACACGCAGAGCGGAUGGCUGGAUGGCGAGAUCAGAUGGGAUGGAUGGAUGGAUGGACAGGCAGACAGACAGACUGGCGUAGCUUGCGCAGCAAGCUCGAAGAGGGAUGGAUGGGAUGGGGCGCUGCUGUGUUGGCGGACACAGACAAGGUACUUCAGUUCAUGUGCACGUCGGAUGUGCCGUGUGCAGGUUUCCGCGUGUGUGUGUCCGUGUGCAUGGACAUACGUCUCCCCGCAUAUAUAUGUGUG